CGGCGACAGAACGAUUUACAAGAAAACUAGAGAACUAUAUUCGACAUCUUCGUAUCCAGGGAAUCCACGAUUAAUUUUUCCUUGGGCAUAUAGGCUUCUUUUAUUACAUAAAGACGGAAACAUCCCGUUUGACUGGAAAUAGUAGCUCUCCACUGAUGUCGAUCCUAGUCUAUCACGUGCAUGGGGACCCGGUUUGCACCCAGAAUCAAUCGUCUUGCCUGCUCGGUACUUCUUCAUUCAAGCAGUCGACAAAAAUAACAUAAGCCUGCACACUUCACCUGGUGAUGUAUUUAAAGUCAAGAUUCUGGGGAAGUCCCCAGAUAGGGCAUCAAGAGCAAGCUGGAUACAAGUUAUGGACCGAAAGGAUGGUUCUUUCAUUGUACGGUAUAAACUCUACAACACUAUGGAAGAUUUAGAAAUUCAUGUGCAAUUUAAUGAUAGACAUUUAUCUGGCUCUCCUUUUAAGACCAAAGGAUACUCCUAUGCUGAGGAAUGCAGUUGUCCAAGAAGUAGUUUGAAUCAGUGGUUGGAGGUCGUAGAGUGUCCAAAGUAUGAUCAAAUUGACAGAGACCUAAAAAUAUUUAAAAGAGUACAGUUUAGCAAGCUGUAUCCGGUUAUUAUGCAAAGAUUUAAUCAACCUGAAAGUAUGAGUGUUUGCAAUUAUAUCAUCAAAGAGAACAAGAUUUAUCGCAGGUGCUUUGGAAAACAUGUAGGUUUUAAGAUGUUUGUUGAUGCUAUUCUGUUGUCAAUGAGUCGGAAACUAUAUCUGCCUGACAUGGAGUUUUUCUUUAAUCUUGGGGACUGGCCCCUCUCUCCUUCAGCUGGUAGACCCCUGAUUCCUCUCUUUUCUUGGUGUGGUUCAGAUGAUACUGUAGAUAUUCAUGUCCCUACCUAUGAUAUUACUGAGUCCAGCUUGCAAUGUAUGGGGCGUGUGAUGCUAGAUAUGCUCUCAGUUCAAACUAAUGUAGAGCUACCAUGGGAUGAAAGGGUGACCAAAGCUUUCUGGCGAGGCAGAGAUUCAAGGAGAGAGCGUUUGCAUCUUGUAUCCCUAUCGAGGGAACAUCCCGAUCUCCUAAAUGCAUCUCUUACUAAUUUCUUUUUCUUCAGAAAUGAAGAAGAGACUUAUGGACCCAAAGAAAAGCAUAUUUCAUUCUUCAAGUUUUUUGAUUACAAGUACCAGGUUAAUGUAGAUGGUACGGUUGCUGCAUUCCGAUUUCCGUACCUUCUUGGUGGAGGGUCCAUGGUCAUCAAGCAAGAGUCAAAGUAUCAUGAACAUUUUUAUAGUCUAGUAAGACCAUGGGUACAUUAUGUGCCGGUCAGACAUGAUCUAUCCGACUUAGUCGACCGCAUUCAUUGGGCACAAGAUAAUGAUGAGAAAGCAUUAAAAAUUGCUCUUGCAGGACAGAAGUUUGCGCAAGAGAAUCUCCUUCCAUUAGAUGUGUUUUGUUAUCAUGGCCGGCUUUUUCAGGAAUGGGCAAAGAGACUAGUAGAUCCAGUUGAAAUACGUCCUGAAAUGGAAUUGGUGUCCCAACCUUCUGAGUCUUCAAAGUGUGUUUGUGAAAGCAUGUUAGUCAAAGAUGAGUUAUAAAUGUAGACUGUUAGUGUUCUUAAUUCAUUUAUGUUCAGAUCAAAAUUAUUGUUUUUACAAGUGCUUGAAUCAAGCAGAAUUUCUAUAUCUAUAUCAUUCUUCUGAAAUGUGUAAGUAGUUGGGAAAGGAAAUAUUCCAUUAAUACUAAUAGUAAUAAAACUCAUUGAAUAUCAAAA